GGGUGGCGGUAAUGCACCAAAAGCUGUUUGCCAACCGCCAUAAAACAUCAGAAGAAGAAGAAAAAGAUAUACCAAGGGCGAAACAUGGCGGCGCCGUCCAAGAAAGUUUUCGAGGUCUUCGUGUCUAAAAUACCAUGGACGAUAGCCGGCAAGGAGAUGAGGGAGUACUUUGGACAGUUUGGCCCAGUGAAGAAGUGUCUUCUACCAUUUGAUAAAGAAACAGGCUUCCACAGAGGCUUCUGCUGGAUCGGAUUCACAACAGAGGAAGGGCUGAACAAUGCACUUCAGAAAGACCCACACAUGCUGGAGGGAGCCAAGCUCCAGGUUCAGAGGAACAGACGUCCGUUUGCAGGGCAGAAGUCAAACAAAGACAGUGAAUAUGACUGAAGCUCUGUGGCACUGCUGUGUGGAUGAGACAGACAAAGAUGCGCUAUUGUUAUUCUCAGGCCCAGAUUCACUAAGACGCCGUUUUUCUUCUUCCUGCCUCAGCUGUUUGAUAUUUGAAAUUUUUGCAAUUCUGUUUAACAAACCAUGAAUAGUCGCGCACAUCCAAAUAGCGUUUAAGGCAGGUGCUGGAAUAAUAGAAGACAGCAAUGAAAACAUGAAAAAUGGUCUGCACACUGUAACUCCCUUAAGUGCAAUUUAUUGGCACAUCCACUAGUGACGUUUCAAGCUAAUGCUCUUCUUCAGACUUAGUUAUACAUACAGAGACGCCAUCUUUAAAUACACGUGCUCUGGUCAUCUGAUAGUCACAUGAUGAUACCAGUGAAACUUAAAGCCCACAUAAGAAAAACACAGAUAUACAUAUAAUACAAAAACAUAUAUAGCCAUAUGGAAGAUAUGACGGUUACUGGCCUGAUGUUAUUCUUGUGUGCUGUGAAGAUCUUAUAUAUAUUUUUGUAUUAUAUGUAUAUAUGUAAGAAGAGCAUUAGCUCGAAAUGUCACUUGUGGAUGUGCCAAUAAAUUGCACUUAAGGGAGCUACAAUGUGAGGACCCUUUUUCAUGUUUUCAUUGCAAUUUUGUUUGGGCCAUAAGGAAAAUUUACCAGUAUACCAGGGUUGGUGUAUAUUUUUCUAUUCCAAAGUCUCUGUAUGACCCGAGAGUGAACCUCCUUUUGUACACCUUCAGUGAAUUUGGGCCUGGGAAUUAUUGUCGUUGUUUUAUUGGGUUGUCCAGUAGUAAUGUCUUUAUUUAUUGUCAGUGAUAGUGUUGUACUUCCUGUAACCAUCCUGUCCCACACCAUCUACAGUACAUAGCAGGUUAAUGCUAACUUGUAAGGAUUUACUUAUUUCCAGUGUAUGGCAAUAAAAACAGUAUUUAAUUCCA